UUUUUUUAGUUCUGAUAUUAAAUAAUUAAUUACAAUUCCUCAUAGAAUUAUAAUUUAAUACAUAAUUCACAUUUGUUAAAUUGUUUUUAUUUGCUUGUUCAAACUUUUGUUCAACAAUCAAACAAAUUUUUAUUUAUUUAAUUAAUAAUAGUGACCAUAUAAGUUAAUAGUAGUUCGAAGAUUAUAUGUUUAGAUCAUUAUCUAUACGCUGUAUAACUAUUCGUAAUAUGAGUAUAUUUACUCAAUGUUUAAAUCCCAUUACGGGUACUGCAACUUGGGAAGAGAAAGAUCAAGAUUAUGAUUAUCAUCAAGAAGUGGCAAGAUCGGCAUUUGCUGAUAUGUUGCACGAUCAUGAAAGAAAUCAAAAGUAUUAUAUUGCUCUUGAGGCUGCCAUUAAAAACAAACAUGAUGCUGGACAAGAAGCUAAUGUACUUGAUAUAGGUACUGGCACAGGUUUAUUGUCUAUGAUGGCAGCAAAAUGUGGAGCAGAUAGUAUAACAGCAUGCGAGGCAUUCAGUCCAAUGGCUAUGUGUGCUGUAACGAUUAUAAAAGAAAAUGGCUUUGCUGAUAAAAUAAAAUUAAUACAUAAACGUUCCACGGAAAUGACAGCAGGUAAAAAUGGUGAUAUGCCAAAAAGAGCAAAUAUAUUGGUGACAGAAGUAUUCGAUACCGAACUUAUUGGAGAAGGAGCAUUAUCCACCUUUCAUCAUGCUCAUGAAACAUUACUUGAAAAAGAUAGUAUAGUAAUACCAAAUAGUGGUACUAUGUGGGCACAAGUUGUUGAAAGCAAAUCUGUUUGUGCAUGGAAUAGAAUAGAAUCGAUCAGUGAUACUGGGACACAAAAAAUUCUUAUAAAUGCUCCAUUAUGUAUAAAAUCAUGUUCUGGGGCUGCAGCUGUACACGAUAUUCAAUUGUCACGUCUUCCUCGUGACGAAUUCAAACCAUUAUUACCACCACAACCUAUGUUUAGAUUCGACUGGUCUGGAAAUACACCUUUGAAAUAUAAUGAUAGAAUGUGUUUAGAUGUUUCACCAAUUGACAAUGGUACCGCUCAUGCAAUCUUCUUGUGGUGGGAUUUAAAUAUGGAUACAGAAAAGAAGGUUUUGUUAAGCUGCGCACCUGUAUGGGAACAUCCUGAGAUUAAAAAGUUGCCACAUAAUAAUGUAAAUUUUAAUGAAUUAGCAGAUGUAAUACCAUGGAGAGAUCAUUGGAUGCAAACUAUUUAUUAUCUUCCAUCAGAAGUACAAAUAAGUGUUAAUAACAAUGUUAGCCUUGUUGGUUAUCAUGACGAAUAUUCUUUUUGGUUUGAUAUAAAAAAUGGUCCAAUAAUAGAUAUACCGAAUUAUGAUAGACCAAUAUGUAGUUGCUGUACACACAUUGCUUACUCCAGAACACGUAUAGGUCAAUUAAAUGACAAAGAACGGAAUAACAAAUAUAUAGAAGCAUUGUCUAAGAAGGUUAAACCAAAUACUACUUGUCUCUGUUUCUCAGAUGGAUGUUUCUUAGGCUUAGCUGCUGCACAGCUAGGUGCAAAAAAAGUGUAUCUAUUAGAAACAAAUUUUUUGUCUCAAAAAACUAUUGAAAUGUUUAUAAAGACAAAUAACCUUGAAGACAAAGUAGAAAUUAUAAGUACGGAUAAGUUGCCACCAGCUAGUAUGAUAGAUUUAAUUUUUGGUGAGCCAUAUUUCAUCAGUUCUAUUGUACCAUGGGAAAAUCUUCGUUUUUGGUAUCUUGCUUCACAAUAUUCAUCACAAGUUCAAAAAUUACCUAUAGCAGCUACAAUAAAAGCUGUUGUUGUUGAAUUUAAAGAUCUACAUAAAAUUCGAGCACCUCUUGGUGUGUGUGAAGGUUUUGAUUUAUCUAGUUUUGAUAAGCUUGUUCAGGAAUCCAGUGACAAAAGUGAUAGUCCUGUAGAUGCACAACCUCUUUGGGAAUAUCCAGCUCGAGCUUUGACAUUGCCUUUCACUGUUAAAACAUUUGACCUAUCUACAAAUGUUCAUGAUCAAAAACGUAUUCAAAUAUCGGAUGACGUUCCUAUUUUGCAGAGUGGCUUAUGCAAUGGAGUUGCAUUAUGGGUGGAUUGGCAAUUAGAUUCUGAGAUAAAUGUAUCUUGUGGCCCCACUCAAGAAAUAGUACCUGGUAAAAGAAUAUCAUGGGACAGAUUUACUAGGCAAGGUGUACAUAUCUUUCGAAACAUUAAGAAUGUUUCAUGUACAGACAUAUUGUCGUGGUCCUUUGUUUUCGUACCACAACAUGGAACUGUGGAGUUUCAAUUUAAGAUAAAUACAAGAAAAGAAAAUAAGAAUGAUUAACAUUAAUGGAUUCCUCCGGUAACAUUCGCAAUUGUUUAGCUAAUCGUCUGCCUAUAAGUUUAGGGUAAGUCUUCUGCUUGAUUAAAAACUCUUUACUCUGAUGUGUUACUGCCCCAUUUUCAAGUUGAAAUCUAAAAUGCAUUCUGUUUUAUAAUUAUACUGCAAUAUAUUAUAGUAAAGUAUAAUAUAUAAUAUAGAAAAAUACAAAGAAAUUGAUGAAAAAAAA